CUGCGGCUGCUGAAUGCGCAGAUCAUGGACCUGUCACGUCAUAUCCAGGACCUCGCGGACGAGCUAUUGAGCGAGAUUCUAUCUUUUGUGCUGGAGCCGAGCUCGAGCACCCGGAACUGUCAUUCAUUCGGAAAUGGGCACGGCCAAGACAGCAUUGAUACAUAUUCCCAUCAUCGCGGAGAAGCAUCUGAUCUCGAUCGCUGGAGACUAGUCUGCAAAAGAUUUAUGCGCAUCGGCACCCCGAGGCAAUUCUCCCGCUUCGUGAUUCGUUUCUCGCUGGAUGGCUUCCGUCGACUAGAGGAGCUACUUAAAAUGCAGCUAGCCUGCUACGUGAGAACGGUGACAUAUCUCGUGCGACCCUUUUAUACCGGUAGCGGAUGGGCACAUAUUCUCCAAACACUGCACACUUACAACACGACACUAGCCGAAAUCCACGCCCGCCGUCUUCAUGAACAGACAAACUUGAUAGAGACAGAUCACGACCUGAUUCAACUCAGCCGCGCAAUUGCCGCCUUUCCAGCCCUUCAAGAAAUAAAACUCCUCCGUCUCCAAGACUCCGCAGACGAACAAAUGAUCGACUUUCUCCACACUUCAAACACAACCACAAGAGCACCCUACUUCAACUGGGAGCUCGCCUGUUCGCGCGCAGUAGAAAACCUCGGCAUCGCCCUUCUCGACUCCCAAUGCACAGCCAUCCGCUUCAUCGGCCCUCAAAUCAGCCCGGAAGCAACCCUUAAACUCCUAAACGCCCCAUCAACCACCUUGGCCGCCAUGGGCAGCCGCCUGACAAGUCUAGACAUAACAUUCCACUCCAGCAAGGACAUCUCAUCCACAAUGGCUGACCUAUCUGAUGUAUUUGGUCGCUUCUUCGCAGAAGCCAAGAACCUCGUAUCCAUCCAUAUCGGCUUCCCACCGAAGUCUCCCCUUGACUUGGACCUUGAAGCUAUCUUUCAUGAGACGCGGUGGAAAACGCUUCGAACACUUAGUCUACAAGGAUGGAGAUUGGCAGAUCAUGAAAUAAUCUCUCUGGCGCGAAGACAUAGACGCAUGUUGAGAGAGAUCAGAUUAGGUGCUAUUUAUCUCAGACGUGGUGGGCGUUGGAGGAAUGUACUGGCUGUCCUGAGAGGAGAAUUGGAGAGAUUGGAGAGGGUUGAGUUGAAAGAGAUUGAUUAUGAGGAGAACUUUGAUCUGCUGGCUUCGGGUAGUGGAGUGGAGGUCUUUGAUGUACCGCUUGAUGCGCAGCCUGAUACACUCUUGUCGUCUUCGUUUUCUUUUGCGGCAGGUACGCCACUGCCAGUGGUGAGAAAUGCGCUAGGAGCGGAGCCCGCGGGUGUUGCUAGAGGGAGGUUGUCGGCGCCAUGGCGGUCCGAGGAUUUGGAGAAGUUGCUCACAUUGACGAUCCAUGACAUGGACGAUGAUGGAGCCCGGGUUCAAAGGGAGCAGGUUGGUCUUUGGGAGGCGUGGGUUCGGUCAGGACUCAGCAGGGUAUCGAAGGGCCAGUCGCAUUUGCAUUUGCGAGAAAUUUAA